AUGGAUCCAGAAACUGUAGAAUUCAAGGAGGUGGCUAUGCAAGUACUGGAUUUCAUAUUCAAGCCCUCUUUCAGUAAUUUUGUUCCUUGGUAUUUAAGAUGGAUGGAUUGGGAGCUUCCUUACUACAAGCAAGUUCAUGCCAGUCAAGACAGAUUUAUACAGAAAAUUGUUGAGGAGCACAAGCAUAGCACACGAGAGAACAAGGAUUUCCUCGAUAUUAUGCUCCAGUUUUACGGACCAGAGAAGGAAACUCAAGUGAAAGCAAAUCUGAUUUGGAUGCUGGCUGCGAUGAUGGAGAAUCCCCGAGUCAUGAGAAAGGCUCAAGAGGAGCUCCAACAAGUUGUGGGAGACUCUAGGAUGGUCCAAGAGUCCGAUCUUCCAAAGCUCGAGUAUUUCCAAAUGAUCAUCAAGGAAACGUUCCGCCGAUAUCCUGCCGGUAUACUCUUGAGCCCCCGCAUUGCGAGCCAAGACACCAAGAUUGGAGGCUACGAUAUCCCCAAAGGAACAACGCUACUCCUACAUGCAUGGGCUCUGGGAAUGGAUCCCAGCGUGUGGGAGAACCCCACCGAGUUUCUCCCAGAGCGCUUCGUGGGCUCUACUGACGUUAAAGGCGUCCAGGAUUUUAAUCUCCUCCCAUUUGGCUGUGGACGCCGGAAGUGCCCUGGGAUGCCACUGGGAUUGAGAACAGUACACUUUCUAGUGGCAAACCUUGUGCAUGGUUUUGACUGGAGCUACGUUCCAGGGACAGUGCCAUCCAUGGAAGAAACUCCCACUGGAGCUUGUCAGCUUAAAACCCCUCUAGAGGCCGUGGCCACUAUGCGUCUGCCUAAACAUGCAUAUACCCUGGUCUAA